GCCAAGCAGGAGGAAGUGGACUCACUGCUCCAAGAAAACCGGUCACCAGCAUCCAAACCCUGGCAAUUUAUACGCACUUCUCCAUCGCCACAGCAGCCCACAGGACAAAUCUCACCACCGAUCCUCAACCUGCGCGUACAUUAUUCUACCUCUCACGUCUAGGCAGCGUGUUUAUGCGUCGAGCUCCAAAAAUAUCCGUGUACGACUUGGAGAUUAAGUGCUGAAUUAUAAUGGAGACGCAGAUCCAUGUGCCCGUAGGGUCUCCGGCAAUUAAGAAAAUACCGGUUUACGUGGACGAACAAAAUGUCACGGAAGGUGCAUUGAAGCUUAUAAAAGAGCUACGACCAGCGUGGGACCCAAGCGAUGUUAAAACCAAGCUCUUUAAGGAUGGCACUACAAACAAGCUGGUGGGCUGCUAUGUGGAUGAUAGUCCAGAGGAUGUGGUAUUGGUGAGAGUUUAUGGGAACAAGACAGAACUGAUUGUGGACAGAGAUAAUGAGCUCAAAAGCUUUCAGGUACUGCAUGCAAACGGUUGUGCUCCCCGACUCUACUGUACCUUUCAAAAUGGCAUCUGCUAUGAGUUUAUGGAGGGAGAUGCUCUGGGCACACAGGAUGUCAGAGACCCUUCACUCUGCAGACUUAUAGCCAGGGAGAUGGCUCGUAUUCACGCCAUCCAUGCACACAAUGGCUGCAUCCCCAAACCCAACCUGUGGAUCAAAAUGCGCCAGUACUUCUCUCUGGUGGCAACAGAGUUCACUGACCAGGCAUCUAAUAUCAGGAUCCAGCAGGAGGUCCCCAGUCAGGCUGUGCUGGAGCAGGAGAUGGCGUGGAUGAAAGAGCAUCUGUCCACACUGGGCUCCCCUGUGGUGCUGUGCCACAACGACAUCCUCUGCAAAAACAUUAUCUACAACAACAAAGAGGGUCAUGUUCGCUUUAUAGACUAUGAAUACUCCAGCUACAAUUAUCAGGCUUUCGACAUUGGCAACCACUUCAACGAAUUUGCAGGUAUGGCAGAACCUGACUUUGACCUCUACCCAAGCCGGGAAAUGCAGAUGGAAUGGCUCCGUGAGUACCUGCAGGCCUACAAGAUCUUCACCAAUAAGAGCGAGGAGGUCAGCCAGGCAGAACUGGAGACGCUUUAUGUACAGGUCAACAAGUUUGCUUUGGCAUCGCACUUCUUCUGGGGCUUUUGGGCUCUGAUCCAGGCCAAGUACUCAUCCAUAGACUUUGACUUUCUCGGGUAUGCGGUUCUACGUUUCAACCAGUAUUUCAAGACCAAACCAGGAGUGAUGGCACUUCAGGUCCCAGAAUAAAAAUAUCUAAAGUUAGACACUUUACUCUGACCGUCAGAGAUUGUAGUUGAACUUUAUGAUUUGGACCAACUUGGCAUUUCUUCUGCAAGUGCUACUAUUAAUUUCUGUUUCUGUAAGUCAGCUGCAAGUCAAAUUUUCAAACUUUUGAGUGCUUGUAUGGUUGAAUGUGUAUGUUUGAAUGCGUAUCAUCUAGUUUGCCUGGACCGAUCUGUCCUGCAUUUCCUCUUUGGGCAGCUUAACUGGGUGUAUGGCACCCUGACCCUUGUACUGUCCUAUCACUCAUGGCAGUCAGUGUGAGACCACAGACUUUCGUACUGUGUCCCAGGCUUUGACCAAAACCUGUGCAGACUCUUCUCUGUUUGGUUGCUUCCGUCUUGGGAAGUGUUAGGAUCUGCUGGUUUAUUGCAGUGAUUCUACUUCUAACACUUGUGUCUACUUAUUUGUUUAGUGCAAACCGCUGCUGCUAACAAAUGUGAAAUCUGAGCUUUUUAUUGUGCACUACAGUGAAAUUAUUGUCUACAGAGACAGGCAUGGGUAAAGAAAUCACUAUCUUUAGUAGGGCUGGGUACCUUUUACAUUUUUAUAGGUACCACUACUUGAAUAAUACCUGUUUUUUGGUACCAGAACCUCAACUCUACUUUUUUCAGUAGCUUUUCCUGUAUUGUUCAUUUGAUGAUGAAGCAGGUACUGUUGAUCCUAAUGAACAUUACACUGCUUUUAAAUAUAGCCAACUCUAAAUAAGAUUGCCUGUUGCUCUUGUUAGAUACACUUUGCAGUAGUUUGCUCCAUGCAUUUUAUCUGUUCACAUGAACCUCUGGCCUUUCAGUCAAACUCCUGAAACAUACACAUCAUAUACAUCACCUAUAAAAAAUUUUUGUUAGUUAGUCUUCAUCAUUUCAGAUAGUAGCGUUCAUCUUUCAGAUGUAGAGAAGCACACUGAGGCAAGUUAAGUCACUGCUGUGUUAUAACAGCUAGUGACAGCAUUUGUGUUCUAAUUUGUGUAUAGAGAAAUUUGAGACAUAAUAGCACCUCACUCAGUGAUUCUUGUUUCUACUGAGUCGGGCUGAACAGCUUGACUCUUAUGGCCAUUUCUGCAUGGACCUUUUCCGCCUACUUGACUUUUAUAGUCACAAAUGCUUGGAUAACUUUUCCACUAAAAGUUUGAGCUUUUGAAAAAUUCCAACCUUCCUCACAUCUGCCACUGUACUGCCCACAGACAUGUCCAUUUAUUGAUACAGAUGAAUUGUUGUGCAUGUGAGCAACUACAUAUAAAAUACAUAUUUCAUAAAAACAAAUGAUGUAUAGAUCCUGUUAGUGUACUACUUUACUAAAUCAGGGAGUAUGUCAUAAAGAAAGUUGUUAGAAAUAUCCCUAAACCACAUAUGAUGAUCUGUUCAUUGGUCAGUUUGUGUGUUACCUGCAGGGGGUGUUACUGAGCUCUCAGCUUUGUCUUUCCUUGCUGGUCUCAAGUAACGGGACAUCUAAAUAAUUGACAUGUUUCAGGCUGACUCACUGACUGACAUUAGUAGCUACAGUAGUUUUCAGCCUGGCUCGUAAAGGUUCACUUAACCUGAAAAUAACUUUCACCAAGUGGGGUCACUAGUGAUACACAGUCAGUUGUGUAUUUUGUUUAAAAAAGCUUUUGGUGCUUUAUAGAAUACAUUGGCAAGAGUAGGAUGGAUUAUCACAAUAACAGCAACUAAAUGUAAAGACUUCCAUAUGGACAAAGGAACAUACAUUAGCAGCUAAUUUUACUGGUCUAAAAAGUUUAUUCUCUAAUGAUCUGUUGCAAUCUGAUUCUCAAGUUUGCUUUCUCUUUGCACUGACAAUGACGAUAUUUCAAGUGUGAGAAUCAGUCUCCACUUGUUUACAUGGAGAUGAUUUUGCUUUGCCUGGAAUGUUCCACAGUAUAGCAAUACAUUUCUGCAUCUUAAAUUGCAGGGGUUUUUAUGGUCUUAGCGUCAACUAGUUGAUUCCAUGGAAAAAGACAAUUUACUGUGGAACAUUUUCAUCAAAGAAGUUAAUAACUCCAUAGAGACAAGCAGGUGGGACCGUCCACCAGAAAAGUUAAAGUGCAUCUUUUGAAUGAAGAGGGUGAAUUUGUGAAGACCAAAACAAAAUGAAGUUAAUGAAAAAAAAAAUUAUGAGACCAAUAGAGAGAUUGUAGUUGCUUUAAAGUAACAUUGCGUUCUUGUAGCUGGACUCAAGUUCCAUACAAGCCAUUGAAGUGUGUCUACUUGAAAAAUUCUUUAUUUAUUGUGACUUCAACUUAUUGUCUGAAUGCCUAUGAAUAGUUUGCUUUGCAGUUAAAAUAUUUUUGUUUGAGAAUGUACUAACUUAAUUAUGAGACACUGUAUACAUAAUUGUUUUUAAUGCUGAUCAUUUUGUAAUGCUUUGACUAAGCUGAGCUGUGAGGGCAUGUACCUGAGUCGGACUGGGGGAGAUAGACCAUGUAAAUACUGUAAGAUUACUGUGAAGAGAACUCUGUGCAGUGGGCCCUUACACCUCUGUAGGAGUCAAACUAGACAUAUUUAACAGCUGUCAGUAAAUAUUUGCAUAAAGUAUGAAA